UUGCCCCGCGGUGCCGGCGCUGUCUUCCGCGGCCGCAGCCUCGUCUUCUCUCGGCUCGCCCACCUGCCGGGGCUCGGGCCCGAGCCCGGGCCCCCGGAGCAUGGGUCUCCGGAGUGCUCAGGACGACGCCUCCACCUCCAGCGGCUGGGACAGAGACGCGCUGAAAGCAGACUUUAAUGCCAAAAGAAAAAAGAAAGUAGCAGAUAUAAACCAGGCUCUGAACAGUGAUCCCACAGAUGUGGCUGCCCUCCGACGCAUGGCUAUCAGUGAAGGAGGGCUCCUGACGGAUGAGAUAAGGCAAAAAGUAUGGCCCAAGCUCCUCAAUGUCAACCCUAAUGACCCACCACUUCUAUCAGGAAAGAAUCUGCGGCAGAUGAGCAAGGACUACCAACAAGUGCUACUGGACGUCAGGCGGUCUUUACGGCGGUUCCCUCCUGGCAUGCCAGAAGAAGAGAGGGAAGGACUCCAAGAAGAACUGAUCGAUAUCAUCCUCCUCAUCUUGGAGCGCAACCCUCAGCUGCACUACUACCAGGGUUACCAUGACAUCGUGGUGACGUUUCUGCUGGUAGUAGGCGAGAGGCUGGCAACAUCCCUGGUAGAAAAAUUAUCUACCCACCAUCUAAGGGAUUUCAUGGAUCCAACAAUGGACAACACCAGGCAUAUAUUAAACUAUAUGAUGCCCAUCAUUGACCAGGUGAAUCCAGAACUCCAUGACUUCAUGCAGAGUGCUGAAGUGGGGACCAUCUUUGCCCUCAGCUGGCUCAUCACUUGGUUUGGGCACGUCCUGUCUGACUUCAGGCACGUUGUGCGGUUAUACGACUUCUUCCUGGCCUGCCACCCGCUGAUGCCCAUUUACUUUGCAGCUGUGAUCGUGUUGUAUCGAGAGCAAGAAGUCCUGGAUUGUGACUGUGACAUGGCCUCGGUCCACCACCUGUUGUCCCAGAUUCCUCAGGACCUGCCCUAUGAGACACUCAUCAGUAGAGCAGGAGACCUCUUUGUUCAGUUUCCCCCCUCUGAACUCGCCCGGGAGGCAGCUGCCCAGCAGGAAGCCAAGAAAACAGCUGCGUCUACCUUCAAAGACUUUGAGCUGGCAUCAGCCCAGCAGAGGCCUGAUAUGGUGCUGCGGCAGCGGUUCCAGGGACUUCUGCGACCGGAGGAUCGAACAAAAGAUGUCCUGACUAAACCAAGGACCAACCGCUUUGUGAAGCUGGCAGUGAUGGGGCUGACAGUGGCACUGGGAGCGGCUGCUCUGGCUGUGGUGAAAAGACCAGAGUUGCUAUCUGUAGACAGCCCUACACUCCCAGGCGCCCACCGUCGUCCAGCUCUCCUUCCUUACUGUUCUUCACCUCAUCCCUCUGCUCCUGUUUGGAAAUGUCAUGGGAACUUGUCAGCACCCAGGAUGGGACAAACUGCAGCCUGAAGUGCGUGGUAGAAGCCUGGAACAGCCAGCCCCGCUGUCCCACGCUUCCCGAGGACCCUGCAGGCCUUGGGCGACAACAUGGAUCAUUCAGUCCUUCUGGGACAGCUUUUCCUGUAAGCAGAGCCAGGUUUGUUUUAGAUUAACUCUGGCUUGAAAAAAAAGUGCCUUUUGCUGCUUUAAAGAAUUGGGGUGUGUGGUAUGAAGCAGCCAUGUACUUUUACUUUCCCAGUCUCUCUCGGGCGCUGUGCUCUCUUGGCAGAUGAGUUUCUUAAGGUGAAUGUGCCAGGAGCACUCCCCCACCACGCCCAGACCUCUCUGUGCUCCCCACGCGCCCGCUGUAUGCAGAGUGGAGGGUAUUUCGCCUGCCAGGCAGCUAGCCCAGAGUGGCUAGGAGAGAUCUCUAUGCCAAGUUACACUAAGCACUUUAAAACCAAAAAGAGCUCCAAAUAAUGGGUCAUUCUCCAUAGCAGGAGUGCCACCUGGGGUGAGUACCAUGUGAUAGAUUCAUCUAGAAAGUGGUGGGUUCGUUAGACAAAGGAAAUUCUCCCCGGAUGCAGAGGUGGUGUUAUGACAGCUUUUCCUGGUCUUCUCCCGCAGCCAGUUUGUCCUCUUGUCAUCUGUACAAAUGGACAGUGGCACUGGCCCUCCUGUCACAGGCACCCGACCUGUCUGUGAGCCCUGAAGGGACUGAUGGGAGAGGGGAAGGCUGUGUGUGAGGAGGGCCCUAGAGCCGCAGCUUUUUAGAUCCCAGGAAGGAAGUUGCAUUUGCUUCUGUUGUGGCCUAAGGAGAAAAUUCAUUUGUUUCACAGCCUUGCUGACAUCAGAAUUCUCUGCUAGUGAGAAAAAAAGCAUUACCUUUUUACUUUCAGGUGGUUUACUAUUCUGUGAAGAAUAUGUGUAAAUAUUUUGUACAAAGCCCUGUAUCAAAUAAACAGCCAUAUGUG